AUGGAUGAGUUUGAUAUGCCUAAUCUAGGAAAGAUGCAUUACUUUUUUAGUAUUGAAGUGGUGCAAUCAUCAGUUGAAAUUUUCAUUGGCCAAAGGAAGUAUGCUCAAGAAGUUUUAGAAAAGUUUCAAAUGAAUGAUUGCAAUUUUGUUCAAAAUCCAAUUGUUCCAUGUUGUAAGCUCACAAAAGAUGAAGAAAGAGUAAGAGUUGACAGCACUCUUUACAAACAAAUUGUUGGCAGCUUAAUGUCUUUAUCAGCCACUCGGCCAAACAUGAUGUUUGUGGUUAGUCUCAUCAGCAGAUUCAUGGAAGCUCCAACUAAACUUCAUCUUCAAACUGCAAAAAGAAUGCUUCGAUUCUUGAAAGGUACUGUUGAUUAUGGUGUGUUCUACAAGAAAGGAAAAGGAAAUCAAUUAAUUGGUUUUAGUGAUAGUGAUUAUGCAAGAGAUUUGGAAGAUGGAAAGAGUACAUCUGGUCAAGUCUUUAUGCUAAGUUUAGGAGCUGUUCCAUGGUCCUCGAAGAAGUAG